UGCAUAGAUUAGCAGAGUGAAUCCAUGUUUUUCCCCUUGUUUAUUUGUCUAGGGUGUUGGACCUCAGGAAUAUACCCUAGUUAAACUGAAGGUGCUUGAACCGUACCCAUCAAAAUUAAGUGGCCUGAAAGGGAAAAAUCUCUUCCUAGUAGCUGCUACCCUUAGACCUGAGACUAUGUUUGGACAGACAAACUGUUGGGUUCGGCCUGAUAUGAAGUACAUUGGGUUUGAGACAGCGAAUGGUGAUAUAUUCAUCUGCACCCAGAGAGCGGCCAGGAAUAUGUCAUACCAAGGCUUCACCAAGCACAAUGGAGUGGUGCCUGUUGUGAAGGAAUUAAUGGGGGAGGAAAUCCUUGGUGCUUCACUUUCUGCACCCCUGACAUGCUAUAAGGUGGUCUACGUUCUCCCUAUGCUCACCAUUAAGGAGGACAAAGGCACUGGUGUGGUCACGAGCGUUCCUUCUGAUUCCCCGGAUGAUCUUGCAGCGCUCAGAGACUUGAAGAAAAAGCAAGCAUUCCGAGCAAAAUACGGAAUUAGAGAUGACAUGGUCCUGCCGUUUGAGCCGGUGCCGGUCCUUGAAAUCCCAGGGAUUGGAACUCUGCCUGCUGUGACCCUUUGUGAUGAGCUGAAAAUUCAGAGCCAGAAUGACCGUGAAAAACUUGCAGAAGCAAAGGAGAAAUUGUAUUUAAGAGGAUUUUAUGAUGGCGUAAUGUUGGUGGAUGGAUUUAAAGGACAGAAGAUCCAAAACGUAAAGAAGACUAUUCAGAAAAACAUGAUUGACUCUGGGGAUGCACUUAUCUACAUGGAACCAGAAAAACAAGUGAUGUCGAGGUCUUCAGAUGAAUGUGUCGUGGCCCUGUGUGACCAGUGGUACUUGGACUAUGGAGACGAGAGCUGGAAGAAAGAGACAUUUCAGUGUUUGAAGAACAUGGAAACGUACUGCGAGGAGAGCAGGAAGAAUUUUGAGGCUUCUUUAGACUGGCUGCAAGAACAUGCUUGCUCAAGAACGUACGGCUUAGGCACUCGUCUGCCUUGGGAUGAGCAGUGGUUGAUUGAGUCACUGUCAGAUUCCACUAUUUACAUGGCAUUUUACACAGUAGCACACCUGUUGCAGGGGAAUGACCUGCGAGGGCAGGCAGAGUCUCCACUGGGCAUCAGACCCCAGCAGAUGACUAAGGAAGUUUGGGAUUAUGUGUUCUUCAAGGAUGCUCCAUUUCCUAAGACUCAAAUUCCAAAGGAAAAACUGGAUCAGCUGAAGCAGGAGUUUGAGUUCUGGUAUCCAGUGGACCUUCGAGCCUCUGGCAAAGAUCUGAUUCCAAAUCAUCUUUCAUAUUACAUUUACAACCAUGUGGCCAUGUGGCCGGAACAAAGUGACAAGUGGCCCGUGGCUGUGCGAGCAAAUGGACACCUGCUGCUCAACUCAGAGAAGAUGUCAAAAUCUACGGGCAAUUUCCUCACUUUGAGCCAAGCUGUUGACAAAUUUUCAGCUGAUGGAAUGCGCCUGGCUCUGGCUGAUGCUGGUGACACUGUUGAAGAUGCCAAUUUUGUGGAAGCCAUGGCAGACGCAGGUAUCCUCCGUUUGUACACAUGGGUAGAGUGGGUCAAAGAAAUGCUCGCCAACUGCGACAGCCUCAGAAGUGGACCUGCCAGCUCGUUCAAUGAUCGUGUGUUUGCCAGUGAAAUGAAUGCAGGAAUUAUAAAAACAGAUCAAAACUAUGAAAAAAUGAUGUUUAAAGAAGCUUUGAAAACAGGUUUUUUUGAGUUUCAGGCUUCGAAAGAUAAAUACCGUGAACUGGCCACAGAAGGGAUGCACAGAGAGCUUGUGUUCCGGUUUAUUGAAGUUCAGACAAUUCUUCUUGCUCCCUUCUGUCCACAUUUGUGUGAGCACAUCUGGACACUGCUGGGAAAGCCUGAUUCAAUUAUGAAUGCCUCAUGGCCUGUGGCAGGUCCUGUGGAUGAAUCUUUGAUCCGUUCCUCACAGUAUCUCAUGGAAGUAGCACAUGACCUUAGAUUACGUCUCAAGAAUUACAUGAUGCCUGCUAAAGGGAAGAAGACUGACAAGCAACCACCACAGAGGCCCUCACACUGCACCAUCUACGUGGCAAAGAACUACCCUCUCUGGCAGCACGUCACCCUGUCGGUCCUGCGAAGUCACUUUGAGGCCAACGGUGGAAAAUUGCCUGAUAACAAAGUCAUUGCUUGUGAACUAGGCAAUUUGCCAGAAUUGAAGAAAUAUAUGAAGAAAGUUAUGCCAUUUGUUGCCAUGAUUAAGGAAAAUAUGGAGAAGAAAGGGCCUCGAGUCUUGGAUUUACAGUUGGAAUUUGAUGAGCUGGCAGUACUUAUGGAGAACAUAGUCUACCUAACAAAUUCUCUCGAGCUAGAACAUAUAGAAGUCAAGUUUGCCUCUGAAGCUGAAGAUAAAGUCAGGGAAGAAUGUUGUCCUGGGAAGCCGCUUAAUGUUUUCAGAACAGAACCUGGUGUGUCAAUUUUCCUAGUAAAUCCCCAGCCAUCCAAUGGCCACUUCUCAACCAAAAUCGAUGUCAGGCAAGGAGACAGCUGUGAGUCCAUCAUCAGACGCUUAAUGAAAAUGGACCGAGGAAUCAAAGAUCUUUCCAAAGUGAAACUGAUGAGGUUUGAUGAUCCUCUGCUGGGGCCUCGACGAGUUCCAGUCCUAGGGAGAGAACACAGUGAGAAGACACUCAUUUCCGAAAAUGCUGUUUUCCAUGUGGAUCUAGUGAGCAAGAAAGUUCACCUCACGGAGAAUGGGCUACGCACGGAUAUUGGUGACACAAUGGUCUAUCUGGUUCACUGAGCUCAUGCAAAUUGGAGAUUUAAUAUGGUUUCUAAGGUACUUCUGCCCUGAGAAUCUCAAGCUAGAUCUACAUAGACUUCAUUUCUAACUGUUGGAUUCUGUAUGUAAUCAUAGUUAUAUCAGUUCUCCUUGAUUUCUAAAAUAAACUUGCAUUUUUUUCA